UGUCAAUUGUUUAUUCAGCCAGCUGGAACCUUGGAGCAUCAGUACAAAGAAUCCACCACUUACAUUUCCUGGAAGGAAGAACUUCAUAGGAGCAGAGAGGUCAGAUGCGUGCUGCAGUGUCCAUCAGUGGAAGUCAGCUUCUUGCCUCUCAUAGUGAAUACAGUUGCUGUGCCCGAUGAAUUAAGCUACCUGUGUGCACGUGGGGAAGACUGGGAUCCGGCUUACAUCAUUCAUCUUUAUCCUCCUCUCACUUUGCGGAAUCUUCUCCCAUAUUCUCUAAGAUAUUUACUUGAGGGAACAGCAGAAACUCAUGAGCUAGCAGAAGGCAGUACUGCUGAUGUUCUACAUUCGAGAAUCAGUGGAGAAAUCAUGGAGUUAGUUCUGGUGAAAUACCAGGGCAAAAACUGGAAUGGACAUUUCCGCAUAAGUGAUACACUACCUGAAUUCUUCCUUGUGUGUUUUUCUUCUGACUCCACACAAGUGAUGACAGUUGACCUGUCGGUACAUGCCAGGCGGAUUGGAAGUCGGAUGGUGCUGUCUGUCUUCAGUCCUUACUGGCUAAUCAAUAAGACGUCUCGGGUUCUCCAGUAUCGUUCAGAAGAUAUUCAUGUGAAACAUCCAGCUGAUUACAGGGAUAUUAUUUUAUUCUCUUUCAAGAAGAAGAACAUUUUUAGUAAAAAUAAGGUACAAUUGAAGAUUUCUACUAGUGCCUGGUCCAGUAGUUUCUCAUUGGAUACAGUGGGGAGUUACGGGUGUGUGAAGUGUCCUGCCAGCAAUAUGGAAUACCUGGUUGGUGUUAGCAUCAAAAUGAGCAGUUUUAAUCUUUCACGAAUAGUUACUCUGACUCCCUUUUGUACCAUUGCAAACAAGUCAUCAUUAGAACUAGAAGUGGGUGAAAUUGCAUCUGAUGGCUCAGUGCCGACUAGUAAAUGGACCUAUAUUGCUUCUUCAGAGUGCCUUCCAUUUUGGCCUGAAAAUUUGUCAGGCAAACUUUGUGUAAGAGUGGUGGGCUGUGAAGGAUCUUCCAAACCAUUCUUUUAUAACCGACAGGAUAAUGGCACUUUAUUGAGCUUAGAAGAUCUGAAUGGAGGUAUCUUGGUGGAUGUAAACACUGCUGAGCAUUCAACUGUCAUAACCUUUUCUGAUUACCAUGAGGGAUCUGCACCUGCCCUGAUAAUGAACCAUACACCAUGGGACAUCCUCACAUAUAAACAGAGUGGGUCACUGGAAGAAUUGGUCUUGCUGCCAAGACAAGCUCGACUUUUUGCCUGGGCAGAUCCCACUGGUACCAAAAAGCUUACAUGGAUAUAUGCAGCAAAUGUCGGGGAGCAUGACCUAUUGAAGGAUGAAUGUGGACAGUUUCCGUAUGAUGCAAACAUCCAGAUACACUGGGUAUCAUUUUUAGAUGGGCGCCAGAGAGUUUUACUUUUCACUGAUGAUGUUGCCUUGGUUUCCAAAGCACUGCAGGCAGAAGAAAUGGAACAAGCCGAUCAUGAAAUAAUCUUGUCUCUCCACAGUCUUGGGCUUUCCCUAGUUAACAAUGAAAGCAAGCAGGAGGUUUCAUAUAUUGGCAUAACCAGUUCUGGUGUUGUCUGGGAGAUGAAACCAAAACAGAAAUGGAAGCCAUUUAGUCAGAAGCAGAUAAUCUUAUUGGAACAAUCCUAUCAGAAAUAUCAAAUGUCAAAAGACCAUGGCUGGAUUAAACUGGACAGUAAUUUUGAGGUCAAUUUUGGUAAAGUGCCGAUGGAAAUGCGCCUCCCUAUUCGGUGCCCUAUUAAACGAGAUUUUUUAUCAGGAAUUCAGAUUGAAUUUAAGCAGUCUCCUCACCAGAGAAGUUUAAGGGCCAGGUUGUAUUGGCUUCAGGUUGAUGACCAGUUACCAGGUGCAGUGUUCCCUGUAGCUUUUCACCCUGUCGCCCCUCCAAAAUCUAUAGCUUUGGAUUCAGAGCCCAAACCCUUCAUUGAUGUGAGUGUCAUUACGAGAUUUAAUGAGUACAGUAAAGUCUUACAGUUCAAAUAUUUUAUGGUCCUCAUUCAGGAGAUGGCCUUAAAAGUUGAUCAAGGGUUUCUAGGAGCUAUUGUUGCACUGUUUACCCCAACAUCUGACCCGGAAGCUGAAAGAAGACGGACUAAGUUAAUUCAGCAAGAUAUUGAUGCUCUAAACACAGAAUUGAUGGAGACUUCCAUGACCGACAUGUCAAUUCUAAGUUUCUUUGAACAUUUCCAUAUUUCUCCUGUUAAGCUGCAUUUGAGUCUGUCUUUGGGUUCUGGAGGUGAAGAAUCAGACAAAGAAAAACAGGAGAUGAUUGCAAUUCAUUCUGUCAACCUGCUGUUGAAAAGCAUUGGUGCGACUUUGACUGAUGUGGAUGAUCUUAUAUUCAAACUUGCUUAUUAUGAAAUUCGAUAUCAAUUUUACAACAGAGAUCAGCUCAUGUGGAGUGUUGUUAGGCAUUACAGUGAACAGUUCUUGAAACAGAUGUAUGUCCUUGUAUUGGGCUUAGAUGUGCUUGGAAACCCAUUUGGAUUAAUUAGAGGUCUGUCUGAAGGAGUCGAAGCUUUAUUCUAUGAACCUUUCCAGGGUGCUGUUCAAGGUCCUGAAGAAUUUGCUGAGGGGUUAGUGAUUGGAGUAAGAAGUCUUUUUGGACACACAGUAGGUGGCGCAGCAGGAGUUGUGUCUAGAAUUACCGGUUCUGUUGGGAAAGGUUUGGCAGCCAUUACAAUGGACAAGGAAUAUCAGCAGAAAAGAAGAGAAGAGUUGAGUCGACAACCCAAAGAUUUUGGAGACAGCCUGGCCAGAGGAGGAAAGGGCCUCCUGCGAGGAGUUGUUGGUGGAGUGACUGGAAUAAUAACAAAACCUGUGGAAGGUGCCAAAAGGGAGGGAGCUGCUGGAUUCUUCAAAGGAAUUGGCAAGGGGCUUGUGGGUGCGGUGGCUCGUCCAACUGGUGGAAUCAUAGAUAUGGCCAGCAGUACCUUCCAAGGCAUUCAGAGGGCAGCAGAAUCAACUGAGGAAGUGUCUAGCCUCCGUCCCCCUCGCCUGAUCCAUGAAGAUGGCAUCAUUCGUCCAUAUGAUAGACAGGAAUCUGAGGGCUAUGACUUAUUUGAGAAUCAUAUCAAAAAGUUAGAAGGCGAGACUUACCGAUACCACUGUGCUGUUCUUGGAAGCAAGAAAGCAGUCCUUAUGGUCACAAACAGGCGAGUUUUGUGUGUUAAGGAAGUUGAAAUCCUAGGUCACAUGUCCGUGGACUGGCAGUGUCCAUUUGAAGAUUUUGUAUUUCCUCCUAGUGUCAAUGAAAAUAUGCUGAAAUUUUCAAUUAAGGAUCAGGGGCUGUUCCAUAUAAAAGACAGUGCCAGUCAAGGAUGUCUUCGGAAGGUUUACCUGAAGGAUACUGCCACAGCAGAGAGAGCGUAUAAUGCCAUUGAAGAUGCACAGUCAACAAGACACCAGCAAAAAUUGAUGAAGCAAUCAUCCCUGAGAUUUCUCAGGCCCCAGAUACCAUCUUAGUCACAGAUCCCAGAGGGCUACACCUGAGGAAAAAUCCAGUCACCAGUCUUAUCUGUAAAUACUCUGCUUUGUCUAAAGACAAUUUUCAAGCAGUCUCUUUAUUUUAUUUUUCUGGUUUUGGGUUUUUUUCUUUUUAGUUUUUACUCCAAUUUUGUAGCCAUGUGUAUGUCACCAGUGCAUUUCUACACUGCCGUAUGAAUGACUCAGACUCUUGAAGAAGCAUCACUUCAAGCUCAGAGUGAAAUUUUCACUAAUAUUAAAACUAUGAAGCAAAGAGCAGUAGGCUUAUUUUUAAUUACAAACCUUACUGAAGAAUAAGAGAGGAGCUUAGAAUCACUAGUGUUCUUUGAAAGGUUCUGCUCAUGGACAAAUGUUGGACACUUUGACAUUUUGUUUAAGGGUAAUUUGUUCGAUAAUUGAACUGAGAUAACAUUUGUAGUAAACCAGGUAAUUGAUUUGAAGACAAGCAGCUAAUGGGAGAAUUGACAUUUUUUCCAUUUUCUUUUCACGAAAACACUGUUUUUCUCUUAACAAAAUAUGUUUUAUUUUGGUAUUUAUUUUAUUUUGUUUUUCCUCCUUGCACUCUAAUGAAAGAAAUAUGGACAAUCACACCUUACAAUAUCUAAAUGUUCUUGUAGUGCAGCAUUCACAAAAUGUUGGAAGUUACUUACUCCUUCAGGAUGAGCUUAUAUGGCACAAGUAUAAUUUGCUAAUACAUGAAAAUGUUACACUUUAAGUUUUUCAAGACUCUGAAAUAUGUAAAAUUCUAUAUUUUUAUAUUCCCAGAAAUUGUUUCCUAGAAGUUAAAAGACUUUAAAGACAUCAUAAAUUAACAUUUAGUUCUAAUGCAAACCUAGAAGUGUAUUUUAAAUACUUAUUAGGAAGAAUGAAAAGUUCCUAGUUGCUUUAUAUGGAAGUAAAAUGAGGCAUAUAUUACAAAAUUGUGGAAAAUAAGUGUUAGUUGUGUUUUUUUGAGGGAUCAGGCCUAUGAGAAUCAAUUCACUACAGUAUUUGUGCAUCUCACUUUUCUUGGUCAAAAAUACACUGCCUAUUAAAAAUUUUUUUUAAAUACUCAAAAAUACUUAUUUUUUUCAAAUGAACCUUUAGAUUUGCACUUGGUGUUUAACAUGGCAUUUAUUUCAAAUCAGUGAAUUAAUGAUGAGAUGAAGAUGUGAAUAUGCUUGGUUUGCUGUAUUUUUGUUUAUAUAUGAUCGUGGUUUUUUCAUCAUUAUUCAUGUUUUUUAAGGCCUGACCAUAAAACUUUAAAAAAUUUUCCUAGUGUUAUUUAUAUUUAAUGUAUAAUCUAAAAGACGCUAUUACCAAAGCCCCAAAUGUUUGAUCUCUGGUAGUCAUUGUCUUUCCAACAUCAUUCUUUCUUUUUCUGUGAAGAAAAGUACCAUAUACAGUAUAAAACUUCUAGCUUUAAACUGAAUUUCUAUAUUAGUGGUUAAUUGCAGUUUAUAAAAAGAAUUAUUAUAAAUGAUUUCACAACAAGUGUUCUCAUAUUUUGUGUAUUUAAAACUGACUUAAUCAGGAAUUGGGAUAUCUGAUUAUAUUUUUCAUAUGAAUCACAAUUAUUGACAAUGUCCUAGAUAUUUAUGAAAUUAUAUUAUACUGAUGGUUUAUUCUAAAAAUGCAUUAUACAGCAUUGAACCAAGAAAAUUUGUAAAAAUCAAACUUAUUAUCUCAGAGGCUUAAAAAUAAACUUUCAAGUAUUUGUAACCUUUUUACUUCAUCUCCUAGGACAGAAGUAAUCCAUUGGUAAAGUAUAAUAAUAUCUAUUGUUGUAUUUUUAAAAAUGUUUUGAGAGUCAAUUACUUGCAUAUGAACUACUGGGAGAAAUAAAACAUUUGAUGCAUUAUUUAAAGGUGUAAAAA